AUGAUGUGCUCUCGCUUGCGUCCUUCUCUCCCUCACCUAUUGUCGCUGAGGCUGCUGGGUACUGCGGCCUCCAGGACGGCGGCGGCGGUCAAGCAGCCUGAUGUUCUCUCAGCGACCCUGGCUUUUGAAGAUCCCAGUGCCUUCAAGGUGAAGAGUUGGGGUGAGCUGCUCCGGGCUCUGGGCAUCUUUCGUCUCUGCUCUUUCCCUAUGCUCGUCAACAACAGUGGGAAGCUGAUGUCGGUAGCACGCACCCUCCUCGGGAGGAGGGGGUUUUCCUUGCUGCUGCGGCCCACCGUGUACGCCCAGUUUGUGGCCGGAGAGAAUGAGAGUGAGAUCUCUCAGUCCAUGGAGAAGAUGAGCUUGCUGGGACUGAGGCCCAUGCUGGCGGUACCGAUCGAGGAAGAUCUGGGAGAAAGCACAGGAGAGAAGAGAUAUGACGACAACAUGAAGGCCAUGUUGGAAUGUGUGCGAAUAUCUCACAGCAACGCGUGGAGCAAAGACCCGAUGAUGCAGCUGAAGGUCACGGCCCUGCUCAGCCCGGAGCUGUGUGUGAAACUCACAACCCUCAUCGCACAACAACCAUAUGACCUGAAUCUCCUCGUCAGAGCUAUGGAUGGAGAGCCGAUCAACUUCCCUGGUUUAGAUGAAAGUGAAGCGGCCCAUUUCCUCUGUAGCCUGCGGAGACUCAACAAAAUAGCAGAGGCAAGUGUAAACAAAGUCAGAGUCCUGGUUGAUGCAGAGUACACCUACAUGAACCCCGCCCUCACUCUUGUCACCAUGGCGAUGAUGAAGAAGUUUAACAAAGAUGGCGCCUGGAUUUGGAACACAUAUCAGUGUUACCUGAAGGAGUCCAGGUCUCUCCUGUUAGAAGAUAUGCGUCUGUCCAACGAUGAGGGUUUUUGUUUUGGGGUGAAGCUGGUGCGAGGAGCCUACAUGGACAAAGAGAGGAAGCUGGCAGAGAAAGAGGGUCGUCUGGAUCCCGUCCACCAGAGCUGGGAGGACACCAAUGACAGUUAUAACGGCUCUCUGGAUGUGAUGCUGGGAGCCAUUUCACAGAAACCCGAGCGCUACAGGAUCAUAGUCGCCACUCACAACGAGGAGUCAGUGAGGCGAGCCGCCAAACGGAUGGAAGAAUUGAGGAUAGACAGUGACGGAGGCUCAGUGUGUUUCGGCCAGCUGCUGGGCAUGUGUGAUCACGUCUCCCUCACACUGGCUAAGGAGGGUUAUGCCAUAUACAAGUCGGUGCCAUACGGCUCAGUGGACGACACACUGCCCUACCUGGUGCGUCGGGCUCAGGAGAAUCGCACCGUGUUGCAGGGAAUCCGCAAAGAGAGGGAUCUACUGAAGCAAGAGCUCUACAGGAGACUGAGAGGACGCAGUUAAUGGGCCACCUGCACAGAGGGAGAACAGAGAAGAGGCAUUGGUGCUGAACCACUGGACACAUUAAGGUCCCCAAUCAGGAAAUGGUGCAGGAUAGGAAGCAACAUGGGAACAGUUGACCAAAAGAAUGUUUAGUUAGUAAUACCUAAAGAGCUGAUAUGAAAGCUGCUGAUGAAGUGAAUGUAUAUUAAGCAACUUGCAGUUGGCCUCGAUUGAUUAGUUUUGAUCUUAAUUACUGGGUGUAUGGUAAACUGGAGAAUAAUAAGUGCAACAAAGUUUGGUGGACAAUUUGUUCAAAAACAUGAAAUAUUGCUGCUGUACAUUAAAACUGUCAAUGUCUUUAUGUUUUAUAGUAAACUACGUACAUUUAUUUUCAUUUUUGCCUGCUGGUGAAACAACACAGAUCUCUUAACUUCUGGUAAAACCACUAAAAAUAUUGGGAAAAGUGUUGCUGACAGAUCACCAACACAAAACAGUAUUUCUUAAAUUAAAAAGCAGCCAUGGAGAAACUGACAUUACCAUUCAUGUCUUCUGCUAUCAAACCCCUGUGUAGCAGAGAGUCUGUUAUUCAUAUAAUAAGAAACAUGUCCCCAAACAACACAAGCUGUUUUUAACGGUGUUAAAGCAACAAAUAAUUAGUAACGAGAACAUGAGGUGACACAGUGACUGAGUCUGAUGUUUCCUGGUUAGUCUUUGUCAGACAAACUCACUGACCUGAUCUGACGCAUUUACCUUUUGCCUUGUGGGGGUUGGAGGAACGUCACCAUCACAAAUAUGUUACUAGAGAUAUAAAAACAAGUUCAAAUAAGACGGAAAAAUCCAAA